AUGGAAGGUGGUGAAUGGGUAUGGCAAUGGCAGGCAACAUCAAAGGAGAUGGUUUUGUCAGUGGCAGCCAUUGUUGUGAGCUUCAUGGUACUGAUAAUAUGGAAGAAUCUGUGGCUGAAGCCUAGAAGAAUCAGAUCAAUUCUGGAGAAACAAGGCAUCAAAGGACCAAAACCUUCUUUCCCUUUGGGAAAUCUCUCUGAGAUUAAGCGUAUUCAAUCACAGUUCUCAAAUAUCUCUUCUUCUUCACAGCAAGCUGAACAAUGGUUUCACUCUCUCUUUCCAUUUCUCCAACAUUGGAGAAAGCAAUAUGGCGCAACAUUCAUGUACUCCACUGGACACAGACAGCAUCUUUAUGUGGGAGAUCCCAAACUGCUCAAAGAGCUAAAUCGGAUAAAGACCUGGGAUCUUGGUAGGCCUACCUAUAUUUCCAAGCCUUUAAAGCCAUUGUUGGGUUCUGGCAUUUUCAGAGUUAAUGGACCCCAUUGGUUUUUCCAAAGGAACCUUAUUGCUCCUCAGUUUUACCUCUCCAAGAUUCAGAACAUGGUGGAUUUUAUGGAGGAAUCUACGAGGGAAAUCAUGAGGAAAUGGGAAAGGAUUAUAGAAGAAAGUGGUGGGAAAAUGGCGGAGAUUGUGAUUGACAAUGACAUGAAGGAACUCACUGCUGACAUCAUUUCCAAGGCUUGUUUUGGUGGAUCUUAUGCUUUGGGAAAUCAGAUUUUUGCUAAACUCACAGCCUUGCAAAAUGUUCUCGCUAAACCCAAUGUUCUUUUUGGAUUUUUAUACCUCAGGAUUCUUCCCACCAAGGAAAAUAGACAGAUAUGGAGGUUGCAGAAAGAGAUAGAACAGCUGAUUCUGAAAGUAGUUCACCAUCAUAAUUUACAAAACCAGUGCCGCACAGAUCAGAAUAAUCAUCAGCAGAAGGAUCUACUUCAAAUAAUUCUUGAGAAUACAGCUCAUGAGGGCAAUAAUAGCAGCAGUACUCCAUGGGGAGUAUUGAAGAAGCUCAACCAUAAACGCGAAACCCAGAAACUGAUUGUCGAUAUCUGCAAAAACAUCUACUUUGCAGGAUCUGACACCACUGCUCUUUUACUUACUUGGAUCCUUAUUCAACUCUCCUUGCACCCUCAAUGGCAAGAUCGUCUUCGAGCUGAGAUCUUUGAAACCUUCCCUGACAUAUCGCCUCACUGCUUCCAUGACACAGACAAACUUCGAAAGAUGAAACAACUGUCAAUGGUGAUUCAGGAGAGUCUGAGACUGUAUGGGCCAGGAAUAACAACUUCAAGGGAGGCACUGGAAGAGACGAAGGUGGGGGACAUGGUGGUGCCAAAAGGAACAAACAUUUUGGUGUUCAUCACUGCGAUGCACAGGGACAGAGAGAUCUGGGGAGAAGAUGCUGAUGAGUUCAAACCAGAGAGGUUCGAAAGAGGGGUUUCAGAAGCUUGUAAGUAUCCACAAGCUUACUUACCAUUUGGAUUAGGAAGUCGAAUCUGUGCAGGCCAGAACUUUGCCAUUAUAGAAGCUAAGAUAGCUCUGAUUCUUCUUCUGGCCAACUUUCGCUUCUCAGUUUCACCGAAUUAUCGUCACUCUCCUUUCUACAAACUGGUCUUGUUUCCCAAAUAUGGAGCACCCCUUCUGGUCACCAAGCUCUAAUAGAUAAAUAAGUAUUGUGAUUCAUAGUUAUCUCUAUCAGAAUAACUCUCUACUAUGUUUCAUGUUUCAUUGCAACGCCGAAACUGGUCUCAUAAUAAAAUAUAUAAUUAAAUAGAGAAAA